ACGAUCGGCUUUCCGGAAAUACCCGGAUGGAAGGGUAAUGGCCGCCGUCAGAGGCUCGCAGGCAAUGGGGACCACGACAGAUACUGUCUCUUGAUAUGGUUCCUGCUUGUGACAUUGUCAAACAUUAAAUUUUGUGCCUUCUGUUCCUUGAAGAAAGCCAGAACUAGCAGCCUUUCCUGGCCUCUGGAUCCAGCUCUGAAUUAAUUUCUCACCUCAAGAAUCUUGGCCUGGGCCUUUUCUUACCAAAAGGGCUCCACCCUGAUCUUCCAGUGAAGCCUCUCUUUACUCCUCAAGGUGAGUUGAUGUUGAAAAGUUCCUGUUUAAUUUGAAGAUGUUUUGGAACAUUAUUGUUUCCUGUUGAAUAACUUCAGGAGUUUUCAGAACAAAAGAAAUUGGGAUUUUUUUUUUAUUACAUCAUGCCAUUUGAAGAGAAACAAUUAUUUUGUGAUGAAGAGCAAAUUACUUUAAAAAAAGAUGAUGAUGUAAAGAAUAAGAUAGCUGAUACUGUGAGAUCAGAACCUAAACAAAAAAUUUUAGAAACUGAUUUUCAUUAUGGAUUAAAAAUUUUAAAAGUUGAUUUGCCAAAGGUUUAUAUUCCAGAUGAAGUUCUACUGAAACAUGAAGUUGACAAAUACAGCAAAUUAUUUCAGAGAAGACAACAGACUGCAAGAAAAUCUAUAAAUGUAAGGACGGUAAACUGUGUAGAGGAGUGUGUAUUGCUUUGUAAGUCUGAGAGAGCUGAAGAAGAAGGUGUAAAAAUGUCUGCAAAAAUACUUAAUUUCAGCUGUUCAAAAUGCCAAGAUGGCACUCGGUAUAGCCCGAAUGAUUUACAGAAACACUUUCAAAUGUGGCACCGUGGAGAAUUACCUUCAUUUCCUUGUGAAAUGUGUAAUUUUUCAGCAAAUGACUUCCAGAUAUUUAAACAACACCGACAAACCCAUAGAAGUACUUUAGUAAAAUGUGACAUUUGUAACACUGAGCGUGUAUAUAGUUUAUUAGGCUUGACAAAGCAUUUCACAUCUAAACAUUGUGUUAAUGGCAAUUUUCAAUGUGAAGAGUGCAAAUUCUUCACCCAGGAUGUUGGUACAUUUGUUCAGCAUAUUCAUAGACAUAACGAAAUUCACUAUAAAUGUGGUAAAUGCCAUCAUAUGUGUCUCACCAAAGCAGAGCUUCAGAAACAUUUUCUUGUUCAUUGUGGUACUCUUCCCUUCACUUGUCAAUAUUGUAGUUAUGGUGCCACCCAUAAGGACCAUCUUGUAAGACAUGUUAUAACUUUGCACAAAGAACAUUUGUAUGCAAAAGAAAAACUGGACAAAGACAACCAUGACAAAAGGAUCACAAGUACUUCUGCAGGUCUUAAACUAAUACUGAAAAGAUACAAAAUUGGUACAUCAAAAACAUUCUGGAAACGUAAGAAAAUUAACAGUGGAAGUGACAAAGAUGUAGAGGAAAGCACUCAGGAGCUUAAUAUAAUGAGCAAAACACAAGAGACUGGAUCUGAAGAUCAGAGCCAUCUUGGUAAGAAACAUUUAAAUGAAGAGAAGCGUAAAAGGCUACACUGUGAAGAUAGUGAUAAGCCCACAGGGUCAGAGUCAGAAAAACGAAUUCUUCUCUCCUCUGGGCAGUGUAAUAGAGCUGAUGAAGGAUCAAAUGCUACUUCAGGUUUCUUGAAAUCUACUUGUCAGGGACCUACAGUGUUACUGAUGAAAAAUAAUAAAGUAACAAUUCCCGCAAACUACAGUUCGAAGUUUAUGGGCUUCAAGAUGGUAGAUGGAAAACAACAUAUUGUAAUAAAAUUGUUGCCUCCCAGUAAACCAAAUUUACACACUUCAGCCUCACAGUUAGAUGCUACAAAAGACAAUGCUACUCACUUGAAGCUCCAGACUUUGGACACCACUGCAUUUUUAACUGGAGUAACAACUGAGUUAAGUGAAAACAUUUCUAUGAAAGCAACUCCAUUUUUAUGCCCACCUCCUAUAGUUUCAGGGAAAAUAAUUUCUGAAAAAGAAAUGGCUUUGAUAUCUGAAAGGAGUAAUAUUCCUCAAACAGUGGAUAAUAGUAAAAAUCUAUCGUCUUUGCCAGCAACAUCAGAAUUGGUUACCACAUCAAUGGGUUUGACAGCAAAAGUUGAAACAAGAGAUAACGUUGACUUACGGGGAAAUCAUAUUGCUCAGAACCAUUCAGAAAUACUGGGUAACACCGUUAAAGCUCAAGAUAAAGUCAACCAUAAUAACAAGCCAAAUGCAUAUACUAGUGGAGAUAUGCAUAACUAUUGUAUUAGUUAUGUCAACUCUGAGUUACCAGUUGAAUCUUCAAACCAAGGAUCAUUACCUUUUCAUAAUUACUCAAAAGUGAAUAAUAAGCGUCGUAGGUUUUCAGGACCAGCAGUGUGUGAAAACCUUCAGAAAGAAUCUUCAUCAAGCAAAACAGUUCAACAGCCAACUAAUGAUGCUGUUUUUACACCAAUUAGGAAGGAAAUCUCAAACACAGAUAGUCUGUUACCAUCUGUUAGCCUUUUAAAUGAUAAAGAUGGAAUUUCAAAAAUGAAAGCUGAAAUUGAAGAGCAAUGUGUUAUAGAAAAAGGACAAAAUAUUGAUGGACAAAGCCUGUACACUAAUGAAAACCAGAAUUUAGAGAAUGUGACUGAAAAAUCUAACUGGAAUGACACUUGUAGUAUUGAUUCACCUAUGAUGCCUAGAAUCACAUCUGUUUUCUCUCUCCAGAGCCAACAGGCAUCAGAAUAUUUACCACCUGAAGUAAACCAAUUACUUCAAGAUAUAUUAAUGCCGAAAUCUAAUGUAAAGCAGGACUCUGACAUUCCAGAUAAAAGUCCAUCACUUCAUUGUGAGCAGUCACAACAAAAUCAGGGAGAAGACUUGACAGUUGAACCUUCAAAAGACUUGAAAGAACAUAGUAUCUGCCCAUUAUCAUCUGGAAGUAUGAGUGUUAAUAUGCCUACAGAUAAUCAGAGUUUGAAAUGUAAUGGAAAAGAAAAACAAGUGCUGUCAGUGUUACAAGAUGUAAGAGAUUCAGAGAAAGUUCCAGGUGUUAGCACAUUACCAAAAACUCAGUCAGAUGCAAUAAUAACGCAACAGCUUGUAAAAGACAAACUGCGUGUCAACACACAGAAUUCAGGUUCUUUAGGUAUACAGAAUCCACUCAUAAGCUUAGAACAGAAAAAAACUGUAUUUGUUCAAACUCCAAAAGGAAUUUUUAUACCAUUGAAAGUUGCUAACAAGCCUGGAGUCCACAUUCUUUCUAAAAGAGCACUUCCAUUAAUUAAUACUCCAGGUGUACCUGCUUCUCUUCUUUUAAACAACAAACCUGGGAUGGUUUUGACAUUUAGUAAUGGGAAACCUGAAGAUGUUUCCAUUGUCAACACUGAGAGUACUCAAGCUUGUGGAACUAAUGAGCCUUUCAAAACUCCCUUUUUGAAGGUAGAACACAACAGUAAUUGUCUCACACCUGCACUUUGUUCCAGCAUUGGCAGUUGUUUGAGUAUGAAAAGUCGCUCAGAAAAUGCAUUGCCAUUAAAAAGCUCUUACAUUAUUAAAACACCAGGAAGUUCUUCAGGGAAAGCUGUUCCUACUUCUAAUGUACUGUCAGAGCAGCAGGGUGCAAAGUUGAGUGUCUUAGAUUCAGUUAAACAGCAGAAUGAAAGUUUCCCGAAGGCACCUCUCUAUACCCUUUUGCCUGAUGGCAGGCAAGCUGUUUUUCUAAAGUAUGUGAUGCCAAAUAACACAGAGCUGCUUAAGCCUAAGUUAGUCCAAAAUUCUAAUCAAAAUACACAGCCAAAGACACCUGAAGGAACAUCACAGACAAUAUUUUUGAAAUUUUUUAAUUCUGUUUCAAAUGUGACUGCUGCUAAUAAUCAAUCAGUUAGCAAUUCUGUAAUCCCAUUGCAGAAAGAGAAUGUACCAUCUAAUCAGACUAUAGGUGGAGAGCAGAAAGAGCCAGAAUCUUGUAGAGAUGCCUUACCCUUCUUAACAGAUGAUUUGAUGCCAGCAAAUGAAAUUACUGUAACUUCUACUGCAACAUGCCCAGAACCUUCUGAGGAACCACUAUGUAUCAGUGACCAUUCAGAAGCCAGAGUAUUACGGUGUAAGACAAAUGGUGCAGUUGAGAGAAGUUUCAAUAGAAGAAAGACUUCCAUAAGCAAAUUUUCUAAAAUAAAAUCUCGUGUAAGUGAAGAUUCUGAAAUUACCUUUGUAUCUAGAAACAGAAAUUGUAAACGAAAAUGUAGGGAUAGUUACCAAGAGCCUCCAAGAAAAAAGUCAACAUUGUAUAGAAAGUGCAAAGAAAAAACUAAAACUGAAGAUGUCCAUGAAGCUUUUGGACUCAACAGACCUAGGCUUGCAAAAGACACAGUCAGAAUGUUAAGGCUUUUCCCCUUUAGUUCCAGACAACUUGUGAAAUGUCCCAGGAGAAACCAACCAGUUGUGGUUUUGAAUCAUCCUGAUGUAGAUGCUCCAGAAGUCGUGAGUGUAAUGAAAACUAUCUCAAAAUUUAAUGGGCAUGUACUUAAGGUUUCAUUGUCAAAGAGAACUAUCAGUGCUUUACAGAAACCAGUUUGUUAUAAUCCUUCUAAAACAACAUUUGAUGAUUUUCCCAAGAGGCACAAAACAUUUAAAACGGUUAAUUCCGUGAAAGAAAGAUUUGUGCUAAAAUUAACACUCAAAAAGACAAGCAAAAACAAUUACCAGAUUGUGAAAACUACCUCUGAAAAUGUUUUGAAAGCUAAGUUUAACUGUUGGUUUUGUGGUAGAGUAUUUGACAAUCAGGAUACAUGGGCUGGUCAUGGGCAGAGACAUUUAAUGGAAGCUACUCGAGACUGGAAUAUGUUAGAAUAAUUUACCAAAUUAACCAAGGAAAAGAAAAUAAAACUAUUUGAGAAGAAAACAGUUGAAAGACCAUGAUACAGACAUUUUCUACUUCAGUAUAGUUCCUGAAAUUAAACAUUUUAAGUAUCAGUUAUAUUUCCAUGGAAGACCAAAAGCUUUAUGUAUGGUACUUGAAAAUGCCAUCACUGUACAAGUAAGUUUUGAAAGAAAUUAACUUACAUAGCUGUAUCUUGACUUAAUCUUUUUUAAAAGAUGUGCUUGUGAGAAGUUAGUGAUAGUUUGGUUAAAAUAGUUUUCCCAAUAGAGUUCUUUUCUAGAGACUCUUCAUAGAGGGUAAAUAGGGAUAGUCCCAUUCCCUUUCUUCCACCAGCCUUAUAAAUCCGAUUAGCCAGCUCCUCUGAAGAUGGGGUGCUCUUUCACAUUGGAAUUGGAUUUCUUAUCACUUGUGAAAACAUACUGAGAGCCUGUGUAAAGAAGUUACCCUGUAUCUGCUGAAUACAGUUCAUUUGAAAGAUAGAAUCCUUUGAAACUAUUUUCACAGUUAAACUUGGAAGAGUUUGGGGCAAGUUAUUCUUGUUUCCUGUUAAGCUCUGUCCCAUGUCAGAAAUUGUAAUGCCUUCCCAAGGUGACCCUUUCUCUAAAUUGCAGUAAAUGAGCAGCUUUUCUACUUCCAGUUAAACUUCAGUGUUUUUUUUUUUCUGAAUUUGAUCAUAUUCUACAGUGAUUCUCUUGCACAGAACUAUGCUUAUCUGAUUUAAAUUGUCCAUCAUUAAUCAAAAGAUCCUGUUUUUCUUCUUGGUUGUCACCCCUUUAAAAAGAGUGGAAUAUUUAAGCACUUGAAAGUUAAAAUAUUUUAGAUAAUAUUUUGAAGCAAAUUUAGUAAAACAAACCAUAUUUUUUGUCUGUAAUUGUCUAAAUUAGGUUAGAGCAUUUUUGUUAGUAACUCUUUAGUAUAUCAGACAAAAGCAGAUAGAUAUUGAUUGUGUUUGAAAAUGGGGAAGCAUUAAUAUGGACACUGUUCAUAAAGCUUCAAUUCAAGGUAGAUUCCUAAGGGACAUGCUCAAAAAUUUCAAAAAUGGACAUUUUAUAACAGAAUCAUUAAACUUUUCAUCUUGUAAGUUUGGAUCAGAUUUUGUUGCAUCACUGGAUAAUGGAGUCCCUAUAUUACAAGAUUAGAUACUAUGAUUUUUGUUUCAAGUCUUAAUAACAUUUUCUUUGAUUGAAAACUUCAGGGCUUUUCUGUAUAUAAUAAAUCUGUACAUACAUUUUGUACUUUUAUGUAAAUUUUGCACAGGAAGUUUUUGACAAAAUUACAAUUUAGUUCUGUGCAUGCACUAAAAGACUGGUUGCUUAAUUUAAAAGGUGUGUAUGAGACUCGUUUUUUUUUUAAAUUUUUAUUUCAGAUGUAGAUUUCUUUUUUGUAAAUUCAUUUUUCAGGGAUUAAAACACUAUGUUAGUAAGUGCCUAAAAAAAUGUGAAACAGUUUACAUAUGUCAACUGUAACAGUAGGUCCCAAAUGGGUCCAUUCUCCUAAUAGUUUAUUUUGAAGAAAGCCAUACAGAUGCUUCAAGCUAUCUUACUAUGCACAUUAUACUUGUACUGUUUUAUGUGCAGUUUAUCUACUUUCUUAGUGGAGUAUUUUUUGUAUACAACCUGUUACAAUUGUGUUUCUUAAAUUGAGCCUAAAAAUGGAAUUGAUCGGAAAUAUACAGUAUAUAUUAAUAAUGUAUAUGGUGUUUAAAGAAUGGUAAGCAUUAAUUUCAUUGUUAAUGAAGGUUUUCUUCAAUAAAUUUAUCUUAAAUUUG